CACCAAUUAUUAUUAGAAUCAGAUAUAAUUUCAGGCAAGAAUGAGCAGUUCGUCGGGAUCGCCUUUUGCUCGGAGCAGGACGCGAUUAGGGAAAUAUGAAUUGGGUAAGACAUUAGGAGAGGGUAGCUUUGCUAAGGUCAAGUAUGCCAAAAACGUACAGACGGGUGAUAAUGUCGCCAUCAAAAUCAUUAACCGUGAUCGCGUCCUCCGCCAGAACAUUAUGGAACAGAUUAAAAGAGAAAUAUCAACGAUGAAGUUGAUCAGACAUCCAAAUGUCGUAAGAAUCCAUGAGGUUAUGGCUAGCAAGACGAAGAUCUAUAUCGUCCUCGAGUAUGUUCAUGGAGGAGAGCUCUUUGAUGAAAUUGCUAGACAUGGAAGACUUAAAGAAGAUGAAGCUAGAAGAUACUUUCAACAGCUUAUUAAUGCCGUUGAUUACUGCCAUAGUAGAGGCGUUUACCAUAGAGACUUGAAGCCGGAGAAUCUAUUGCUGGAUUCAUUUGGUACGCUGAAAGUUUCAGACUUUGGAUUGAGUGCACUUUCCAAGCAAGUUCGAGACGAUGGACUGCUUCAUACUGCGUGUGGCACACCAAACUAUGUUGCCCCCGAGGUGUUAGCAGAUAAAGGUUAUGAUGGUACAACAACUGAUGUCUGGUCCUGUGGAGUCAUCCUCUUUGUUCUAAUGGCUGGAUACUUGCCUUUUGAUGAAGCAAACCUAAAUUCUCUAUACCGAAAAAUCCUGAAGGCUAAUUUUUCACUUCCACCAUGGUUGUCCUCCAGCUCAAAGAAACUUAUCAAGCGUAUUCUUGACCCAAAUCCACUCACGAGGAUCACUAUUCCAGAGAUCCUUGAAGAUGAUUGGUUCAAGAAAGAUUACAAGCCACCACAAUUUGAGCAAGAUGAUGAUGUCAAUCUUGAUGAUGUUGAUGCCAUUUUCAAUGGCUCGGAUGAUCAUCUCAUUACAGAAAGUAAGGAAAAACCUGCUUCUGUCAAUGCGUUCGAGCUGAUCUCAAGGUCAAAAAGUUUCAACUUAGAAAAUUUGUUUGAAAAACAAGGCCUUGUCAAGAGAGAAACACAAUUUACUUCAAGAUCCCCUGCAAAUGAAAUUAUCUCCAAAAUUGAGGAAACUGCAAAACCUCUAGGUUUCAGUGUCCAGAAGAAAAAUUACAAGAUGAAGUUACAAGGUGACAGGACAGGAAGGAAAGGCCACCUAGCUGUAGCAACAGAGGUGUUUGAAGUGGCUCCCUCAUUGCAUUUGGUUGAGCUCCGGAAAACUGGUGGUGACACAUUAGAAUUUCACAAGUUUUACAAGAACUUCUCUUCAGGAUUAAAAGAUAUUGUCUGGACAACUGAACCAACAACCGAACAAAGCUCUGAAGAGAAAAGGUCUUAACAUGCGUCUGUUCCAGCCUUGGACAGCACUGCCUGUAUAGUUCAAAUCACUCAGUAGAAUCGAGCGAGAGUUCACAAGAGCAGAGAUACUUUGUAGAUUCAUCCAUAAUCCAUUGUUUCUCUAUCUGAAUUUGAUCCAUAUAUGCAGUACAAUAGCGCGAUCUGUUGACACCAGUGCCUCAAGAUGAUACCAGCACUCAACAGUGGGGCAAAUGUUUUGGACAAUUUCAAUACGCAGGAUCCCACAAGAUCUCCAUUUUGUAAACACAACUGCUGCUGGAUAUCAGGGAUAUGCAUAGUGAACUAUUUGCCUAUAUUAGAUUCUAAAUUGUGUGUACAUGUAAAUUUUCUCUAUUGUACUUUUUGUAAACAUAUUAGGAUUGACAUCUUUCAGUAUUGAGCAUCAGUUUAGAUUGAAUUUGUAUAAAGUUUUUUUUUCCCUUUUUAAUCCCUUUUCACAAACUCAUACCAUAUUAAGUUGUUGCAUCUUUUGAGAACCAUCAAUUGUUAAAGUAUGUAUGCCCUUUCCAUAUUACUUUCUAUUCAAGCGAAUCAUUACAUCUUCUGUUAAAGGGGUUGUUACAUUUUUUCAAUCUACAUGGUGAUUUUCUUCUGUCCCCUUAUUCCUGAAAAUAAAAAUGUCUCAUAAGUUUCUCUUGCUCCCUAACAAUUGAGGAUAGGAUAUGAAACUACAUUUGUCAUGUGGAAAUGCUUGAGAGUUGCCUUAAUUAUUAGAGUAACUUUGGCCCCUAUUGAGAGAUAUUGCUUUUUCCAGCCUGCCUUUCAAAAAAAAAAUCUUUUCCCAACUCCUAACUUGCCAGAGCUCAUUGUCUCCAGAUUUUCCUCCAAGAUGCAUCCCCAAGUUAUUUCAUGGAAUAUUGUGAAGUCUU